AUGGGUAUUUUAGGAAAUCGGACCUCAUUUGUUGACACUUCGCUUCGAAAACAAAGAGAAGAGGAGGAAGGUUACAAAAUGCGGUCCAAACAUUUUCUGAUUCUUGCUCUCUUGUUUUCGUCGUUUUCGUUGUUUGUGCUCCAAGUUAUUGCCUUUCCGCCACAUGUUUUGCUGAUAGUCUUAGACGAUUUAGGGUGGAGUGAUGUUAGGUUUCAUGGCUCACAAAUCAACACUCCAAACAUGGAUAAAUUUGCUUCUGAAGGCGUAAUACUGGAUAAUUACUAUGUACAACCAAUUUGCUCUCCAACCAGAGGUGCUCUCCUUACCGGAAUGUACCCUAUACAUACAGGUAAAAAUGCUUUGUGAAAUUAUUUAGCAUUUUAUACUUGCACUACUUAAACUGAAUAGCUUGUCGUAGUCAGUAAUGCCAUCGCUCGUCUCUCGCGAUGUUUUCCAAAGUUUCAAUCUCACCGUUGAAUUCAUUUCUCUGGUUUACGGAUAAUUUCUUUGCCACCAGGGGUAUUUACAAGUGAUGUAUCUUGGUGUCUCAGGGUAAUUUGUUCAAAGAUAGAAGACACAACUACUUAUUUCGCCAUCAUUCUAAACUACCUUUUAUGGCUUUAACUCUCUCCUCCGCAGAGUCUCCCGCUGCGUAAUAGUAUCCUGGCCAAUAAAAAUAGCAAGAAUCGAAAACUAGAAAGAGCUGGACGUGACGAUCUCUGUUUCUUUCUCCCCAACCUCCCUACAACACAAAGAAGCGUGGAGGAGAGAGAUGCUCAAAUAUCGCCUUAAAAGCAGACCAUUAGUUUUUAGAAUUCAAUCGAUGUUUUAGCUUUUUUAGAAAAAGAUAGUAAAUAGCGUGACACAGCCGGCCGGAAACAUUUGUAUGAUGGGUUAUCUCCAACAAUCAUUUUCCGCCAGGCUCCUUCCGCUGUGGACAAAAUUGUGCCACUUGUCCAUAUAUUACUAACUAGCCUGUUCCAGGCGUUUAGAUAGUAGAACGCGGGAAAAAAAAACGAGGGGCGACUAGAGGGGGAAAGGGGGAGAGAACUCCCUCGCUCUCGCCCCCCUCCCGUUCCACUCCCCCCCCCGUUUUCCCGGUGUACAACUUAACUCGCUCCCUAUUUACCGCCGCGCUCUACUAUCUGAACGCCUGGAACAGACUAAUUACUAACGGCCUCACACGUUAUACCUUUUACGCUACAGGUGAAACACGCUCAACCACUUCACACAUUACUUCUAACACUAAAAACGUGAUCUACAUGGUUCAAUGUAACCGUUGUAAUUUACAAUAUAUAGGUGAAACUAAGCGACGUCUCAAGAACAGAUUUAACGAACACAGACGUGCAGUCGACAAAACUAACAUUAAAUCUAAACCCACUACUGUUUCUAAACACUUUCUCUGUCACUCUAACCCCCCGGGGGGGGGGGCACUUGGGUAUUUUUUGGGUGGGUAUGUGCCGCCCGGGCCGGGACUCCAAAUUGGCACCCCGUUAUAAAAAAAAUUUCCCCUAAAAUUGAUACCCCGUUCUAGAAUUCGCCCUAAAACUGAUACCCAGUUCUAGAAAUGGGCCAAUUUUUUAUACUCCGUUCUAAGGUGCAAAGAGUACAACAGUUUGCUUGUUAACGCAUUGAACCGUAUUUUUAAAAGAAAUCUGUCCUUAAAUAAUUUCAAAUGGCUGCUUACAAAACUGGAGCUUUCGUGCGUUCGAAAUAUUAUACCCCGUUCUAGAAAACGCCUCUGAAAUUGAUACCCCGUUCUAAAUUCUAAAUCAGGAGCUUCAAAAUCACGACCCCGUUGGGCGGCACAUACCCGUAUAGGUAAUGUAUGGGAGUACCCCCCCCCCCGGGCUCUAACCAUUCUCAUGCUGACAUGCAGUUAAUCCCACUAGAGAAAAUUCAUUCUUCACGUGACUCAGUUCGUAAGGCCAGGGAGUCGCAUUUGAUAGAUAAGGCCAUAACCCUUGAAACUCAUGGCCUAAACCGCCGUUACGAAUUAUUGUAAUCCAUCUCUUUAGUAUUUUUCCUUUCCAGUUUUUGUGUUGUACGUUAUUUCCGCCUCUCCCUUUUAAACAAUUUUUAUUGCGACAUUCUCCAUUUAUAUAAUGUUGUGAUUGCUACACAAGUUCAGUAACAUCUGUAAACCUGAAGAAGGCUGGUAUGGCCAGCCGAAAUAUUGUUAUUAAAAAAAAUACAUGUUGUCUUAAAUCAGCCUGGCAGUAGUCUUUGGACUUCUCGUUCUUGGUUCUGCAUGAUGGGUGCCAGAAACUCUACAUGCGCAGUCUCUGGUUUGACUUACGCGGACGUGACUUCCUCGGAUUCCACUUCCUCACGUCCUUCAUGUUCAGAGACAAAAAAAAAAUAACAUGAAUCAACAAAAAAAUAACUACUACGUCUUAGUCCACCGAAACGCGCAACAGAUUUUGGCGUUACAAUUUAAGAAAAUUAAAUAAUUUUCAGGAGCCCAUGACCAUGUAUUUUUGUAAAAAAAUAACAUUAAUCUCCAAAACUAAACAUAAUUGCACAUUUUGUUACUAAGCGGAUUAGCCUGCGAGUAAAGGUCAGGGGCACCCAACGAGGAUAUAGUUCAAAACCACUUAACAUAGCAUUGUUGAACUUAUUUUAGUAUUUAAACGGUAGACAUAGGCAUAUUUUAAUCCCCUAAAAACUUUUCAUCUGUUCGGAUUUCCUAGCUGAAAGUCUAGUGAUCCGAAAAUUAUAGGGAUCAAAACACACCUUUUCGAAAAUUUCAGCCGGGAAAAAGCUCCCGAAAAUUCUAGGUGGCCUUUUUUAGGGUAAAAAUUCGUUAAAAAUGGGUAAUUAUACCAUUUUGUAGAUGUUCGAAAAUCCUAGGAGAGGCAGGCAAGCAAGAAAUUUUCCAACAAAUGUUCCGAAAAUUAUAGAUCUCAAAUCGUCUUCCGAACAGAUAUUUUCCGAAAAUUGCCGUUGGGUGCCCCUGAAAGGUUUCUCUCCUGCAUGGCUUUUCGCGACUAGCAAGCAAAACAACGACUUCGUAAACACGUGCAAGAGAGAAACCUCUGCUCACGGGAUAAUUAUAGCCAUAUCCUGCUGGCAUAUUUUGUGGCAAUUGUUUUUGCUGUUCACGUCCUAACAGGAACGUGAUUUUGCCAUAAUCAUCAGAGCUAUAUAUAAAGUAUUUUCCUUAGUUCUAUCUUGUUAUUCUCCUAGCUUGAUGAAAGUCUGUGUUAUUAAAUAAAACCGGUUCGAGAAAUAUAACAAGUAACGACGGUUUCUCGCUUUGUGCGCUGCCCACUAGUCUUCUUUGAAAAUAAAAAAAGUAAAUAAAAAAUUUUAACAAAAUUUUAGAGUUCCGUUGGGUCCAGAGAACAAAAUGUCCAAUAUCCAGCCUUCUUGACCUGACGCUUGAUCAUUAGCCUUUUAACACUGUUUUAAAACGAAUAUAUUGAUUGAUUGUAAUAUUAGGUUUCCAGCAUGGAGUUAUUCGCCCUACGGAGCCAUAUGGACUUCCACUUAACAUCCCCAUCUUACCGCAGAAACUCAAAGAAGCAGGUAUGGACAAACUGACCACAACAGCCUUUAAUUGUGCUAGCAAGUUCCAUUUGCUCCCAAAUGCUUGACGUACUCAAUCAGUGUAAAUCAAAAAUCGAUAUCUAGACUGCGUUCAGUUCCUUCUUGUUUUUUUUAGUCGCAGUAGACGGACAGCACGAGUGAGAAGUAGAAUAGUCGUUUUUCCUCUCUCUCCGUCCAAAUCUCCCCUAAUUUUAAUCAUUUGUAAUUGCCCUUAUGUUACUUUUUCGCUCGCCCCUGGUUCUGAGGAAAGAAGGACUUCCGCUCGCGGUCUAAUCAAUAUCAAUGGUAUUGCAAGUUAAUCAGUUAUUGAACUGAGUGAAGUGCUAUUUGGUCCGUAUCUGAUCGGACGGGCGCGCAGCGUGAUUAUAGCGGAGCUCCUUGCGCGCGCGAGCGGGGCACCAUAACUUAGAUAAUUUGGUAAACUAUCCAUCCGAGAAAUUUUGGUUAUGACGUCCGUCCGUACGGACUUUCCGGGUAGUGGAAAGUAGUGCGCAUGGACUCUUAGGGUAGGGGAAAGUACUAGUAGAGACUUUUUGGAGGGAAAUCGCAUGGCGCAACGUCGCGCAAUUAUAUCGCGCAACUGGUUUUGAAAAAAGAAAUUUCAAAGCAACUUUAAUAGCAAAAAGAUUUUUCGACAGAGUCUUUAUAACUUUUUAUUACAACUUACGAAAGCUAUUAUGUCAACAAACAACAGCAGAGAGAUUUUAGCGUGUAGACGACAGGUUUUAAGCAGAGAGCAAAGAGAAGGUGAACGGCAGAGAGCAAGAGUCAACACGCGUAGAGCAAGCGAAGACGAUCGCCAAAGAGAGAGCGCUAGAAGUAGAAAAAGAAGACAAAAUUUUAGUGAAGAAAGUCGGCAAGUAGAAAGAGUCAGGGCGAGAAGAAGGAGACAAAAUUAUAGUGAAAAACGCCGGCAAGCAGACUGGAGACAGAGCUAGCAUGGCUAGAAUGAAUAGAAAAAGGCAACCCGAAAGCGAAAUACAAAGGCAAAGAGAACGGCAGCAAAAUAAUGACAUGAUGACAAAAAGUGUCGUGUUAAUGUCUCUAUGGCCCCGCGCUAUUAACAUUUCGAUUUCAAACUGAUCUCGGACGCGAAAAUUCAGCCAGUCAUUUAAAAAUACAAGCAGGGAAGACAGAGGCUUUUCACUUUUCUCACCAUAGUCACGCGUUGAUCACGUUCUACCACCGUCCAAUUUUUAUGCUCUGAUUGGUCAAAACGUGACAGGUGAGUUCAUGCAGAAAAUUUAUACAGCAUCUUGAAACUUGUUUACUUUGACAGCUGAAGCUAACAGUGUUUUUUAUCAACUUGUGAUGCUUUUCACUGUCUUUUUCCACUGGAUGCAUAAAAUGAAAUACGGCUGCUAUCAACAGUCUUCUGUUAUUCAUGGCUGGUUUGUUUAUCGAAUUUUUGGUUGAGAUAUGCGCCGCUUGUCAAAGUUGGAAAUCCGAUGACUUCGGAUGACUUUGUUUUCGUUUUUCAUCUUGCUGGAUGAGGGUUGAAAAGUCCCUCAAGCGAUUCUGGCCUUACUCGAUAGCUUUCAGGAGCUGCAUCUCGAAUGGUAAGCCUGAGUUAUUACUGUAUAGAGUGUAUGUGUUUGUUUUUUUAUAUCUAAUUUCAUGAAGUCGAGCGCAGUUUAUGAGGCUAGUUUAUGCACGUUUGUAGUAUAAAGAUCUGAGACAAUAGGGCCAUUCAUACGAGGAAAAAUAAGACGCGUCUUACAUAAGACGUGGCCUGCGUAGCAAGCGUUUCCGUGCUGUUUCCGAGCAAGGAGCCGAGAAUCUCGUUCCUCGGUCUUUCUUUGCUCCGAAACAGCACGGAAACGCUUGCUACGCAGGCUACAUAAGACGCGUCUUAAAUAAGACGCGAACUCUACCAUUUAUGCGAGCAUGUCUUAUCUAAUAAGACGCGUCUUAGCUAAGCCGCGUGUUAUUUUAGACGAAAUGUGCCGUUUAUACGGAAAGUUCGCGUCUUAUUUAAGACGCGUCUUAUGUAAGACGCGUCCCCGGGGGGGGGGGGUACUCCCUAAUAUGGGCUAGAUAGGUAUGUGCGGCCCCAAAGGGUAGGGUUUUUCAGCCGUUUUGGUCAUAAAUUGGGUAUCGAUUUUGGCUAUUUUGCCGCCAUUUUGGUCAUAAAUAAGGUAACGAUUUUUGCACUGUAGUCUUGAAUGCACUUUUUUAGAAGAAGCUACUUCCUUAUCAUGUCCCCCUCCUUCCAUCCGCGCUUUGCCUUCCUCUCCACCGGCUUCUUUGUAGGCUAGAAAAUACAAGCAACAAAGGCCCUUCACAAAAUAGGGUAUCAAAUUUUUGGUUAGGUCAUAAAUAGGGUAGGGAAAAUCGCAGAUUUUGGUCAUAAAUAGGGUAAGGGUUUUGGGAAGCGGACCGCACACCCCUACCCAAUUUUUCUACGAGUACCCCCCGGGCACGCGUCUUACUUUUCCUCGUAUAAAUGGCCCUACUGAUCCGAUCUAGUAUAAGGUUUGAUAUAAGCUUACAGAGCUUUAAAAACCCUUUAGUCAAUAUUUUCUCUCCGCAAAUAGAAAGAAAAAACGUUCCGAAGAGUAUUUAGUUAUAAUUUUGGCUGUAGAAAGAAAGCUUUGAGUGAUUUUCUUGCCCCGAGUUCAUCUUUAAAAACAGUAAACACCAGGAAGCCGGCUAAAAGCUUUAAGCUUAAGCUUAAAGACUCAGGAUUUUUAGAGAUGCUUUAAUACUUGUCGUCGUGAAUGAAAAUUGUUGUCUCUGUAAAUGUUUCACCGAAUUACAUUUCUUUUAUUGAUUGUUAGUAGCGGCUCUUGCAAUUUAAAUCGCUUUGCCAUUUGUUUUCAGUCGUUCAUAAACAUCGCUUGCAGGAGUACUCAAAAUUCCGCGCGUAUCAAACGCUUUUUAAGGCUUAUACAUCCUUAAAAAACCCUUUAAAAAAAAUAAACACAAUAAAUUAUUCAUUAUGUUAACCCAUUCGCCCCUGAACCGCCCGUAACCGCCCGUGCGGAUCCAGGUCCUUUCUACCCUUUGUGACGUCAUCAGUUUUAACGGUCAAGGACAACUUUCUUCGCUAACUUGUGCAGAGUGAAGAGAUCUUUCAAACCAUACAAGAAUGAGCACAAUUCAGUCAAGGACACCGGAGAAAGAAGCAAAAAACCACGUGACAAGGACCUGAAAAUCUCCAUGAAAAUCUUCUUCCAUUACCCACCUACCUUUCCUUUCACCUAAUCCUAAGAUCCUAAAAGCUUUCCUAAAAACUCUUCCCACCAAAAUGAAGCCUACUAAAUGCCCAGCAAGAGAAAAAAAAAAUGAGGCAAGUAAAGCGAAAAAAGAAGGGAGGAGAGAAAGCGAAAAGUAAAAGUCAAGACAGCUGUGUCACUUUUAAACCCAAAAAGUUUGCUUUCUGCGCAUGCCCGAACUUCCCAAGCUGAUAUUUUGCAUCUGGAUCAGAAGGCCGCCAAGUGUACGACCUGUAAACCGGUUUGUGGUAAGUUUUAGCUCUUUAUAGCACGACAGUGACCAGAAAACCACUCGACUAGCUUCAAAAGGCGUUUUUCGGCAAAAUCUCCAGGAGCGAAUGGGUUAAAGCUUAACUCUUUUAAUGUUCACUGAAAAUUUGGCGCUUGUCAAAAAUGAGAACUGGCUGGCCGUAUAGGUGAUUUUGGAAAUUUUUUUGACGGUUUUGCUAAAAGCCCACGCGUGCUUCAUACGGUUCUGAAUAUUGAAUAAGUGCAAUUUGGCUUGAAAAAUUGUGAAAUACUGCAUUUUGUCUGAGGUCUGUAUAAUAAAAACAGUGCCUCAUAUUACUGUUUCACCUCAGAUGUGACGUAUAAAAAGUAUGCAAUGUUGGUUUACACGCGCCCAGAGUUGUUGGCAAGAUUUUGUUAAGUAAACUUGUCGAACGCAAAAAAUUCGGCCUGAUUUGUUUUCCAAGAAUUCGUUUUCCAGGCCUAAUCAACUGUGAUCAAGAGACAUUAUGGCUCUGAAAUGUGAUCGAAGAUGAUUGCCAUUAUUUGGGUGUAUAUAUACGGCUAUCAAUGUAAGACUUUUUUUCACUCUAAAAUCACUUAGCCUUAGCUUUCCCAAAAAAGUUACAUAUGUGCCCUUAAGUUAACUGAUUUGUGGAUUACAAGUUUAUUGUUUGAUUUAAAUUAUAAAUUUAUUAAUGGGAGCUUCGCCUUUAGCCCUGGCUAAAUCUAUAUAUUAACGCUUGUAUGUAUCCGUAUGUCCGUAUGUUACCCGUAUGUUACUCGGAUCAGAGAUCUUGACUAAAACGCCACACGGUUACAUGCGGGUAGCAUGCGAAUAUAAGGAAAAAAUUGUUUUGGCUACCUGUCGCUAAAUGGAAUGAUUAACUUAGGUUGCAUUUUGAGACAUUAUUAAAAAAAUUGUUAUAAAUACAUCUUUGUACGGUUUUAAAGAUACAUUUCUCACAAUUGUUAAAACUGAAGAUUGCUUAAAAAGUAUGUAUAUAUCCGUAUGUUGCUUGUAUGUAUCCGUAUGUAACCCUUAAGUUUCUCGUGUGUAUUCACUUAGUAAAAGCGAAGUUAAUGUAAAAAACAAAUAUCGACAAAAUAUGGCUGUGUAAUACUUUUCCGACCCCCGGGAGCCAUCUUUACGCAUGAACACACAGGCAAUUUAAUUUAAAGCAGCUGCAUUUGAUGAUGCUUUAAGUCUAAGGAAAUUUUCAGUAAGUCACCUCAUGAAAGAGAAUCCAAUACAGUCUUGGAUUCUGGAUUCUAGUUACUGGCAUGGAUUCUGGUCUUUGUAGUGGAACUUGAAUUCUGGAUUUUAAUCGUUUUAUAGUUGAACUCCGGAUUCCUUGAGCUGUAUUCCGUAUUCCACAAUGAAAAAUUUCUCAGAUUCUGGAAUCCGUUUUCCCUUACAUGGGAGCCACUAAGAAAUAUAUUUUAAAAGCUCUAAAAUGCAUCUAUUUAUAUUUCACAACAGGAUAUUCUACGCAUAUUGUAGGCAAGUGGCAUCUGGGAUUCUUUAGCUGGCCAUACACUCCACUACACCGUGGCUUCGACUCAUUUUAUGGCAUGUACCUUGGUGCUGGAGAUCAUUACAGUCACAUGAGAUCCGGAAUUCUUGAUCUACAUGAUAACAAAUCGCCUGUAAAAAAUAAGGACGGAGUUUAUUCUAUGAAUCUUUUCGCUGAGGUUUGGAAUAACACUAGAUUCUUAUUUAUUUAUUUAUUUAUUUAUUCUUCGUUUAGUUUAUUUCACCCUCCUGAUCUUUUGUAGAAGAGACAUGAAAUAGUUGUUAUCGCAAAAAAUCCUCUGGUAACAAGACUGUUGAGCCCAAGAUAUUAACCCUCGGACAUACAAGAAGUGGGGAUAGAUGGCACCCCCCCCUCCCCUCCCAUAAGGUUUUUCUGAGUUUUUUCCUUGAGGAUAAAACAUCAGCACCUGAGGUUUUCAGUAGCUGUUCGUUCAUCCCUCGCGCAUAUUUGGCGACAAGUUUAGUGAUGGUAGUUGCUAUGGUUACGAGAUAUGACGUCAUACGUAGCAGGUGGUCAAGCCAAUUUUGGGUGAAAAUACAUGUUUUUUCAACUUAAUUCAACAAUAAAAGUAAAUAAAGUGGCUGAAAUUAUGCAAAGUGCUUAUUUAUGUGUUAUUUUUCAUGUAGAGCACAAAAAAUUAACAUUUGUCGAGGUUUUCACUGACCUGCGAACAGCAGACGCAUUUCCGGUCGUCGCUUCUCUCCCUCCGAAAAAAAAAAAGAAAAGAAAAAUUUUCGGAGGUAGAGAAGCGACGACCGGAAAUGCAUCUGCUGUUCGGAGGCUAGGUUUUAACCUGAUUCCUAAUUCUUAGUAAAAUCCAAGAUAGCGGCCAGGAUGGCUACCAUUGUUGGUGACGUCACAGGCCUCCAGCAGCGCCACCACCCAUAAAAUAUACCUCAUUUUGUUACGAAAAUCAAAGGCUUUCCACUAAAGGUAAAAUCGUUUCAAAAUACUGCAACAUACAAAAAACUUCGGGGAAGAGUUCCAUCCACCCUCCCCCCGCCCCUUAUACCACGGUGGGGGUAUGAAUUUGCUUGUACGUCCGAGGGUUAAGGAACUUUAGCAACAACAACGGCAACGACAAAGAGAACCGGUGAUAUAGCAGGUGUGGAUUAGCAAACCAACAACUCUUCACCUGCAUCAUGCUUUUUUGUACACUUCUUUACCAUCACUGCAGGUUUCAUAGAAAACGCAAACAAGUGACGACAAAAUUUGUCUUUCUGCUUCUUAACUUGAGGGCGGUCCCCAACAAGCAAACUUCUGGGAAAUUCGCCUAUAUUUCACAUUUUCAGCGAACUGUAAUAAACGCGACAAAGUCUGAAAAAACGCGAAUUCAUAUCUGAAGUGACGUUUUCGCCGCCCUCCGCGCCGUCGUCCAUGCUAAAGCUCCCUAUUAUUGUUGAUUAGUCAGGAGAGGGCAGCAUUAAGUAACACGACAAGAAAUUAAACAGUUCCAAUAAAUAUGACUCUGGUUUAACAAGCUUCGACCAUUAUUUUUUUAAUUCAUUACAUAUGAAUACAUAUUUUAGCGUGAUCUGGCUCCAAGUCAGUAAGUUAAAUGUCAAUUUCGAGCGCUUUUCAUUGCAGCAAGCACAGAGGGUAAUCCUAUCCCACAAUGCCUCGAAACCAUUGUUUUUAUAUCUACCAUUUCAAAGCGUCCAUGGUCCUCUUCAAGUUCCCAAGGAGUACAAGAAAAAUUACCGAAAGAUCGCAGAUAAAAAGAGAAGGAUCUAUGCAGGAAUGGUUGAAAAUGCUGAUGAAGCAAUAGGAAAUAUAACACAGACUAUGAAGACAGCUGGGUGAGUAGAUAAUACAAAGAGAUCUGGACUUGUCAAAUCCUUUUAUUUGGCAUCAAAAUUACAUUAAGGCAUCCGAAAGACUUUGAAGUCCCCGUACCCUAAUAAGCCCCAAGGGACACGGAAGUAAAUUCCUGGGGAUAAACAAAAGGAAAUACGAUAUUAUCCUAGGGGAACCCCUUUUCUUGUCAUUUCGUUAAUAGGUUGUGUAAAUUGCCAAAUGGUGUUCUCACUUUGGAAGUCCUCCAUUAAAACCAAACAUUUUUUUACCCACGCAAGUACAGUUUAGGUUUGUCGUGGAAGAAAUCUCCUUUUAAAGUUACCAAACUGUACGUGUUGAACACAGUUUUUGCUGUAAACAUUUUUAGCAGAAUUUUAAUUACUAUAGCGCUUAUUUGAUUGGGUAAUACUUGAAAAAUAACUUGUUAAUGACUAAAUCACCGCUUUGUGUCAAACAAAUAUUUAUCCCAAGUAUUAUAUAAAACGUUAAAAACAACAAAAAUGAACUUUGAAGAACUGAUAUGUUAACAAGUUUCCAAAAACCGUAACUGUAAUCCGUUCAUCUUCUUCAAGAAUAUCCAUCCUUACUCCCUUUUGUAUUGCUGUGUUAGUACCUCAUUACAUGAAAUUUUCGCGAAUUUCGCGAUACAAAAAAAAUCGCGAAAUUAAAGUGACGCGACGAAUCAACCUUUGGCGACGAAAGAGUGUCGAGAACAUAACAUGACGCAAAAAUUAAGUGACUCACAUUAUGUCCAUAAUCAAGAAAGAACUAGUUUAUUACCACUGAAACGUUAACAAAUCACAUUUUUAAUUUUCUGGUGAAUUUUCAGUGUAAACGGAUGUUGCGGUCAAUUGACUCAAGAACAAUAAUUCAUGCACAACAAAUGGCUCUUGUGUACAAAGUAAACAUGAACUGCUUGCAUUGGUUUUUCCUAAUUUUGACGUUAUUGUUCCUUUCAAUUGAUAUUAAAAGUCAUUUUAUUUAAUUCAAAGACAUGUCAAAUAACAUUGCCUAUGAAAUGUAAAUUGUUGUACUCAAAAACGCAAAUUUAAAGUGAUUCAAAAUAUAAAAUUUUCGCAAAAUCGCGAAAUAAACAUGUCGCGAAAAUUUCAUGUAAUAAGGUACCUUCUCAUGUUUAACUCAGAUUAUUAGUUUUGGUUUACUUUCUGUUUAGUUUAUGGAACAACACUUUGUUGAUUGUGACUACUGAUAAUGGCGGAACACCUUCUGUUGGUGGUUAUAACUGGCCUCUUCGUGGUAAAAAAGGUAGCCUCUGGGAGGGAGGGGUCAGAGGAGUGGGUUUUGUUCAUGGAAAAAUGCUGCAGAGGACUGGAGUCAGGUGUAAGGAGCUUAUUCAUGUGACUGACUGGUACCCAACCCUCCUCCAUCUUGCAGGUUUGCCCGCAUUUAUUGUUACAAAUGCAUUGUACGUUUAGAUCGCGUCCCUCCUUCAGUGAAGUGGCCUGUACUCUAUAAAGACUUGUUGAUUGUUUAUUUUAGUAGAAAAACAAAACGCUAUUAACUUUUGCUUCUUAUUCCUUGUAAGGCAUAGAGAAGAAUUCUAAUAGUUCAGCACUGGAUGGCUUCAAUAUAUGGCCCACUAUUUCUGAAGGGGUCCCAUCAGAAAGAUCAGAGAUUCUUCACAAUAUUGACGGAGGUAGUGCGGCAAUUCGUGUGGGCGACAUGAAACUGUUGUUAAACGUAGGCAAUCAGCAAUGGUACAAACCACCAGAGUUGUCCUCUGGAAGACGGAAAACGAAAAAGGUAUUAACAAGAGAGUACGAUGGGAUAGAGAGGGAAACGCCUUGCUGAGCCCUUGGGACUGAUGGGAAUUUCACCAAAAAUAUUUUUAGACCAAUUAAACCCUUGAAAUUAAUCGGAAGUUGGUUCCUGGAGAGGUCUGCAAACUUUAAAAUCAGUGCUUUCAAGAGAAACCUCAACUGUCGCCACUAAUAAUCCUGCAUUGUUUGAGGCAGUCACACGUGGAUUUAUUGACGUUUCAAACAAUAAAAUUAUAUUGAAAAGUCGUCUCAGGAAUUAGAAUUCUGUUUAAUUACAGCUGCUUACAGCUAAGCCAACGCCCUAAGACUCCCUCUGUCACAUUAUACACUUUUGGUGUUAAUUAAUCGUUUUUUGGAAUUAUUGCUGGCGAGCGUUGGCGAGAUGGUACGAUAUUCUUUAUUUAGGGGGAAAAUCCAAAAUUAUGUCGGAUGGAAGAUCGCAAGUAUGCGCAGGUGAUUGGUUUGUGAAUAUCCGGAACAUACACUAAGAUGUUGACGUCACUUAAAAUUGAAGUUCUUCAAUCCGCAUCGUUCACAUAUUACAUACAUAAGCAGCUGCGAUUGAAUGUUUACGUCCAUUACCAGCGAACAGCUUAACACGACUUUCUUUAGAACACAUUUCCUUUUUUCCCUUAGCGUUGGAAUAAUAGGUAACUAACUUUUCCAAAACGGCGACACCCAAUAAAAACAUUGCCGAAAAUAGACUUCGCAUCCUUUCAAACGUUCUGAGAUUAUUCCAAAUUGCCCAUUUACUUGAAGGAAGGAAUUGGAGCUGAAGAGGGGUAGUCGGACCGAGUUUAGACAAAUAACAGUAAAAAUCUAUCGCCGGUAACUUAACCCUUGGAUCACUGAACGUGUCUCAAAAUGCGCGCGAGUGAUAAACGAACAGCUACUGAAAACGUCAGGUGCCCUUGUUUUAUCUUCUAGGAUAAAACUCAGAAAAACCUCAGAAAUAGGGGAUCCACCCCCCCCCCCUUGUACGUAGGGUUAAAAUUUGGUCAUUUCACGUUUUCACGUCGAGGUUUGCAGGGGCAGAAAAGAAACUUACCAUAAAACGUGGGGCACUUUUACUCACUAAACCCAUUGCUUUUUUUAUGUUCCCAUUGGCAACGUCAUAAUGCCGUCGUUUCGUAUGGGUUUCUAAUAAAUAUUUAGCCAACAUCCAUAUCCGCAUGAACUUUUGAAUGCCUUGUCUAUCGGAUGAAGGGAAUUUUCCUUUAAUGGUUGGUUUUUAGCAAUAUUUUCCAGUUACUAAAAAAGAACUCAUCGUUUCACAUUAAACCCGAGUAGUUAAACGAUUCACCAGUUCAAUUCUUCUACAUGGACUAAAAUCCGUAUUGCAUGCAGUCUUGUGUGAUUUUGGUAGGAAAAAGAAGAAAGCUCUAGGGUUCCUGAUUAUAAAUGAAAACGGAUAUCUUAGCAGUUAGGCGCCUGGCUAUUUCUUGAAUCUUUUUAAUGCCCCUUGGCUACUUACUUUAAGACUUUAAGUGUGCUACUCUUUGUAUAUUGUUUGUUUCUGUAUUUUUUUUACAGGACGCUGUUUAAAUUAGCUUCAUGCUAAACCAGAUGUUCCUGUAUAAAUAAAGAAAUUAAAAAAUAAACAAUAAUAAUCAAUUAAUAACGUACUUGUUAUUAUUUAUUAACUUUUUCAAGGCAACAAAAGUGGGAUUAGGGACGGGUGAUUAGAAUAGUUAUAAGGGGUGGGGGUGGGUAAUUUUCGAGCCGCGUGAAUUUUUCCUUUACCAUUUCCCUUGUAUGAAUUUUUUUAAGCCAGUGCAUGAAUAUUUGUUAGGGAGGGUUACUUCGUUUGUAUGAAUUUUUUCAUUUAAUUAUACCAACUUAGAAAGUAGAAGUUAAAAAAAAAUUAAGCAAAGGAAAGCUUUUUUUAAAUGACAACGUCUUUGCCAUGGCCCUCAUUUUGCUAUUUACUAGAAUGGUAUGUUUUAGGGGUGAAAUUGAGCUUAGGCCACGCCGGGUUUAAUCCUAAUUGCCCGACGAGCCUCCCUGCCCACUUAACAUGCCGGUCACCCCCUCCCCCGCUCCCCUGCCUGUCCGCACGGGUAAUUGGGUAUUCCGCACGAGACCAAUUGAGUUAUCUAAUGGAUAGAGGUUUUUCCACUGCAAAGCGCUAUCCAUAAUUUAACGAACUGUUGUCAUUCAUGAAUUCUGAACCAUACACGAAGUCACCAAUACCGUGCUGACGUGUUGAUUAACUUAGAUAUCCACUUUCCUUCUUUUAAUCCUACAAAAUUAAUUAUGAAUAAACCAACGAGUUGCGAUUUGCUGUUUAAGAACUUAUCAUCCAGUUUAGUUCAAUGUUCAUUUAUAUCAUGGCAAGACACAUUUCUUCACAUACAUAUCUUCUUUAAUCUUCUAACAGCCUUCUUUUCUAAUCCGCAGAAAUCUCGUGUCAAAAUUAAAGUUGCCCUUUACAAUAUCACCGCUGACCCAAAUGAGCGUCAAGACCUCAGUAGGAAGCUCCCGGAUGUGGUAGAGACGUUACGAAAAAGGGUCAGAUAUUACAAGAAGGGCGAGAUGCCUUCUGGGAAAAAACGCCCUGAUCCAAAAGCAAUGAAGGUGGCGCGCAAAAACGGGUUCUGGGGCCCAUGGAUUGACUGAGAUCUUAAACCAGUUAAAAAAUGAAAGUCUCUUCACGGAUAAAAUUUAUUGCAGGCAGGGGUAUAUUAGUCUAGGUGAUUUCAUCGACGUGCAAGAUGGCCACAACUAUUUUUUCGUGCUCUGAAGUUCAUUGUUUGUAAGGAAGAUAGUACUGAUUUUCAUUAGACUUUGUUUUCUUAUGUUGCUGUCGAUUGGUACGAAUAAAGACUAUUCAAGUUGACACAGAGAGAAUGAAUUCGAUAGUAGUAGAAUCACUCUCCUUUCCGCUUAAACUUAUCCCAACCGUUCGUCUAGACAGAGCGUGCGCGAGCGAUGUUGGCUUGAGUAAAGGUGGCAACUGUUUCCCCACUUAAAAGACCUGUGAAAAAAGGACUCGGCUAGGAGGGUGUCUCUCUUUCCCGGAAUAACGUUUCUUCAUAAUGAACAGUGUGUGAGGCUGAU